AUGGCUCCCACUCAAUCUCCCAUCUUCCAGGCCCUCAGCGAGGAGUCCUAUUCGGAAUCACCUUUGACUGACGAGGCAAAAGACAAUGCCCUCUAUUGGUGGAACACUAGUGCCCGCGACUUGGCCAACAUGCUCCACCAGGCGAACUAUACCGAAGAGGUGCAGCGUGGGUUUCUCAGCUACUACCGCGAUAACAUCUGCCCUCGUCUCGGUGGCAAACCAGACAAAGACUCGGCCCCGAGUGGCGUCGGAUGGGAUGGCAACCCGUUGGAGUACAGCUUUGAACUGAAGGGCUCAACCAAGAAGAAGUCGGUGCGAUUUGUUGUAGAUCUCACCGAGUGCCGGCCCUCCAAUCCCGAUGAGCCGCUCAGCAUGAAGAACACGCAGGAGAUGGUCGAUCUGCUUGCGGAAAAGACCCCCAACUUUGAUGAUACUUGGUACCAAGUACUCAAGGAAUGGUUCGUGUACUCGCACCUGUCUCCGGCUGAGCAGGUGGCCUUGAUUGCCAAAGCCGGCCAGCAAACAUCGGUAAUUAUUGGCUUCGAUAUCUACCCUCGUCUCUCGAGUCCAGAGCAACUGCCGGUCAUGGGCAAGGUCUACUUCCCGCCAUGCUAUGUUGCCUCCGACAAGGGAAUCACUCGCUGGCAGGCGGUGCGCCAGAUCAUUCAGAAACUUCCCGGCGUGGAAUCAUUCCCUAACAUCCUGAAAUCAACGGAGAUCAUCAACAGCUACCUCGCAGAGAAGCCAGAAGCAUGGCAAAUGGGAACUCGGUACCUGGCAACCGAUCUAGUGUCUCCGGCCAAGGCCCGCUUCAAGGUCUAUAUGCGUUGCUUUGAUACUAGCUUCGAAGGUAUCUGGGACUACUACACGCUCGGUGGUCGUAUCCCAGAUCUGGAUGAGGACAAGGAGAAGUUCCGCCAACUCAUGGACAUGGUCAGUGGAACGACGUACGCGGAGACACGCAGCACGGAUCAGAUGGAAUUGAAUCGAUUCACGUCCGCUACGAAGAAGCUGACUGCCAUAUACUUCAACAUCUCACCUGACAACCCUUACCCAGCACCUAAGCUCUGCAUCUACCCAUCUAACUUUGCGCAAGAUGAUGGAGUCAUUGCGCGGGGCUUGGAUGAAUGGCUGGAUAAGUAUGGAUGGAGUGAUGAUACUAAGUCCAUGGAGGAUCAAGUUAAGGGUGUAUUCACUCACCGUAAGCUCGAGGAGAAGGCGGGUAUCUUUACCUUUAUUGGAAUUGGCAGGAAAGAAGAUCCAACGAAAAAAGACUUGAGUAUUCAGGUGUACAUGACUCCAGAGUUGUACAGAGACCCUCGUUAUUAG